UGUUCCCUGUUCCUUGUUCUCGGUUCCCUGGCCCGGCGCCGCCUUUCAGGGUGUCCUCUCCUUUUCGCUCCUUUCUCCAUAGCUAGCCUCCUCCCCCUUAGCUGCUCUCUUGACCCGCUUCUCUUCUUGGUUUCCAAAGAACUAUUGACCCGGAGCGGCCCAUGUGCGACCUCGGGUAGGACGGGCUUGGCUGCGCCGAGUGUGGCCUCUGGACUCAGCUGGUAGAGUCCGAGCGGAUCUCGGGGUGUCACAGUUGGGAGGAGGUAAACAUUACCGGGCUCGUGGAGGCCAGCUUGUCCGGAGGUUUCGCGGUGAUAUGCCACUGUGUGUAUGAAGGCGUGGAGAGUACCGUGAAAUAUGGUAGCCGAGAAAGCCAGUUGGUUGUGUAGAAUCCAAGUUCUUCUGGAACUGGAAUAGAAGUAUACUGAAAUAAUCUGACAGGACUCCCCACAUCCACUCUUUCCUUCUUUUACACGCUGCAGUCAGCAUAAUCCUUUACAAUCACGAAUUUGAUGCUUUUACCUCCUUAAAACCGUUUGAAGUUUAAGAAGAGGGUUUCCAAUACCCUAUCUUUGUACUCUGGAAGCUGCAGUGGAGGAAGUGAAUUGGGGGGAAGCUGGCAGGGUGGGCAUGUUUGAAGAAAAGGUGCUUUACGAGACCUAUUGAAAGUUUUAUGGAAGUACUAGACCAGCUGUGCUGCACGUUGGAAAGUCAGUGGUGAACAAGAUUAGUCUCCUGGUCUCCGAGGUAGACAUGGAGAAAGUAUAAGUCUAUUCACUGCAGCGAAGAAGGGGAAAGAACCAUGGGAACAUGUGAAGGGGGGGGGGAUCAUUCUGAGCCACUAAGGGAAGUCUGAGAAGGUGCCUCUGAGAAAAUGUCAUUUGAGACGUGAAGGAUGAUUAGGAGAAGGGACUUUGGGCUUAGCUGUGGGAGCAGAGAAAACAGCAUGUGCAAAGGCCUGGAAGUAGGGAACGCAUGUGUGGCUCACAGAAUUGAGAGAAUGCCAGUGUGGCCGGAGAUGAAGCUGAGGAGGGUAGACCAAGCACAGAGAAUGCAUUCAUUUCAACUUUGUUUCUCCAACUCUGUUGCCCGGUGUUUGUAUGAUUAGAAUACAUAGGGUUCAAAAGCAAAACCAACUUGCCUUUGGGGGUCUGGGCUGUAGGGUGGUAGGUGAGGCUGGGAGGUGACUGAUAGAUUCUGAGGCUAAGAAGAAGCAACAAGGCCUGGCCCCCAGAGGUCACACACUGAAAAGUCUCCAGAGGCCAGCCAAGCUCCUUCCCUGUUUAAAAAUGUCAGCUGCUCUUUAGCUAAUUGUUUUCAUGUGGGAACAUGGUCUCAUUUUUUUUUUUUUUUUUUUCCGCAGAUAUUUGCAGUUCUCAAGAGGGCCUGAAAAAAUUGAAAUUGAUGUGAAAUCUCAUGAUUUUUAAUGUUAACCGCAAAUUCAGAAAAUUUUCAAAACAUUCUUUGAGUCAAACGAUGUGGCACAGGCUACCAGUUUGAGACCUCUCAUCUCAGUAUUAUGAAAUCCAGAGAUUGAGGAGAUUCGGCAUAAUUGGGGGAGUAGAGGCAGUGAAGGAGAGAACACAAUGUUCAGGAAGGAGGAUUUUAGAGUGUAGAGAUUUUGAACAAGGUGGCACAGCAUGACUUCUUUGCUGAGUUCCAGUUUCAUUUGUUCAGCCACCUGCAGGACAUCUUCACAGUAAUAUUCUGUGUUAUUUCCUCAAAGACAAGCAACUAAAACUGAAUGAAUGCCUCGUUUCUUCCAAACCUGUUCCUCUUCAGGUGUUAACCUGUUUCUCAUAGUAGUACUUUUCUAGUUACACUGGUUUAAAACAAAUAGCUAUAUGUUAUUGUUUAAUAGGUAUAAUGUUUCAGUUUUACAAGGUGAAAAGAGUUGUGGAAGUGGUUGGUGGUGAUAGUUGGUUAGCAUUAUGAAUGUAUUUAACAUUACUGAACUGUCUGCUUAAUAAUACUUAAUCGGUAAAUUUUAUGUUAUGUAUAUUUUAUCCCAAUAAAAAUUUGGGAAAAACCCCCAAAUAGCUAUUUAAAAUUUUUCUACUCUGUAACUCCAUUUCCAAUAUAUUAUUGGGUCCUUUUGAUUUUGUUUCUCUAAUAAGUUUCAUUCAUCCUGUCUUCUUGUAAUUUUUUCUUGUCUUUCGUAGUUUAGGUUUGAUUACUAUCACUCUUAAUGUUUCCACAGUGCCUCCAUUUUCACUUACUUCAGCCCAUUUCUCAAAUUGUUGUAAGAGUCACUUUUCUAAGUAGGGAGUCUUGUUAUGUAUGCCAGUACUUAAUGGAACUCUUACGAUGCCAGCCUUGAAAGUCAAACACUUUACAUGAAUUAUCUCAUUUAAUCUCAUACAUCAACUCUAUGAGGAAGGCACUGUUAAUCUGAUGAAACUGAAGCUGAGAACUUUCCAGGUUCACAGGCUAAGAAAUGGUGGAACUGGGAUUCAAAACCUAAAACUAUUGGACUGCAGAGUCCUCAUGUCACUCCCUUUCUCAAAUCUUUAGGGCCCCCUAGGGUGUUUCAGGCAAAGGUAACAAGCUGAAUGAUGUGGCACAGGGCCCUCCCCAUGCAGGAUGUGCUUUGGCCAGUACAUUUAAAGUUGAAGUUUGCUGCUAAAGAUGGCAGAUCCAGAUGUCCUCACCGAGGUUCCUGCAGCAUUGAAGCGGUUAGCCAAGUAUGUGAUCCGGGGGUUUUAUGGCAUUGAGCAUGCUUUGGCCUUGGACAUCUUGAUCCGAAACCCCUGUGUGAAAGAGGAGGACAUGCUGGAGCUGCUCAAGUUUGAUCGGAAGCAACUUCGAUCAGUCUUGAAUAAUUUAAAGGGAGACAAAUUCAUCAAGUGCAGAAUGAGGGUAGAGACUGCUGCAGAUGGGAAAACCACUCGCCACAACUACUACUUUAUCAAUUAUCGUACUCUUGUUAAUGUGGUAAAAUAUAAAUUGGACCACAUGAGAAGGAGGAUUGAAACUGAUGAGAGAGAUUCCACCAACCGGGCUUCCUUCAAAUGUCCUGUCUGUAGUAGUACUUUUACAGAUUUAGAAGCUAAUCAGCUCUUUGAUCCCAUGACAGGAACUUUCCGCUGUACUUUUUGCCAUACAGAGGUAGAAGAAGAUGAAUCAGCAAUGCCCAAAAAAGAUGCACGCACACUUUUGGCAAGGUUUAAUGAACAAAUUGAGCCCAUUUAUGCUUUGCUUCGAGAGACAGAGGAUGUGAACUUGGCCUAUGAAAUACUUGAGCCAGAACCCACAGAAAUACCAGCCCUGAAACAGAGCAAGGACCGUGCAGCAACUGCUGCUGCAGCUGCUGGCCUGGCAGGUGGGCACCACCGGGAAGCAUGGGCCACCAAGGGUCCCUCUUAUGAGGACUUAUACACUCAGAAUGUUGUCAUUAACAUGGAUGACCAAGAAGAUCUUCAUCGAGCCUCACUGGAGGGGAAAUCUGCCAAAGAGAGACCUAUUUGGUUAAGAGAGAGCACUGUCCAAGGAGCAUAUAGUUCUGAAGAGAUGAAGGAAGGUGGCUUAGAUAUAGACUCGUUUCAGGAGCGUGAGGAAGGCCGUGCGGGGCCAGAUGAUAACGAGGAGGUCAUGCGAGCACUGCUCAUUCAUGAGAAGAAGACCCCCUCUGCCACAGCAGGCUCAGUGGGGGCGGCUGCUCCUGUGACCACUGCCAAUGGCAGUGACUCUGAGAGUGAGACCAGUGAGUCAGACGAUGACUCUCCACCCUGUGCGGCAGCUGUGGCUGCACAUCGUGGGGAAGAGGAUGAGGAAGAUGAUGAAUUUGAGGAAGUAGCAGAUGACCCCAUUGUCAUGGUGGCUGGCCGUCCGUUCUCCUACAGCGAAGUGAGCCAGAAGCCAGAGCUGGUGGCCCAAAUGACACCAGAUGAAAAGGAAGCGUACAUAGCAAUGGGACAACGCAUGUUUGAGGACCUCUUUGAGUGAGCUUUCCCUACCUUUUCCUCCUUUCUCUAAUGUGCAUUUCAAAAAGAAAUUCCCUACCUUUGAAGAAAAGUGUUCAGUGGCCUUCUGCCUCUCUUGAUGUAAAUCAACUGUUAAUCUUGUGCAAAGAGUAAUGGGAGAGAGAGAAAGUUUGAUUUUUAUGCCAGAAACUUCUCCACGAGGUAGGUUGGCUAUAAGCAUACCCUUUCCUAUUACUACAGUAUUAAUAUUUUGCUGUAUUUCCUUAUCUCACCUUUUUUCUUUCCCUUUUAAGACACAUUUUUCUCCCUUCUGAAAUGAGUGAGAGAAGUCUAAAGGUAAAUUCUUCAUGUCUGCCUGUAGAAGCCCACUUUGAUAGGUUACAGUAAUUCAUUGAUCACAUCCUUUUUAUUUAUUCUGACCAAGCAUUCCAAAAAGCUCCUGAUAUUGCUGCCAACCAAGCAGCUUGGCAACAGGCAAAUCAUUGAUGAAGGAAAUAAAAACAUCUUAAAGCUUCAUAUUGCUUCACAGUUUAGGAUGGAGUCAAUAUGUAAGGGGAGGUGGGAGUGUGUGUGGAAGAAGGAUGGUUAUGCGUAAAUCUCAUGAUUAAUAUCUAAACCAAAAUUGGUGUCUUUAGAACUGACUUGACUGACAGAUAUUAUUGUUGUGCAUAAUGCCUUUUGGUUUGUAUGUUAGAUAAUAGAAAACAGAAAGUGUGUUUGGUAAGCCCUUAGGAAGAAAUUAGAGAAAAAACACAGACUUAGGAUAAGGAGUCCAUGUAAGGGGUUGAAGAGUGGAGAGCAUUGGGAACAGUACCCUUUAACAUUGUCUGAGUUUGUGCUGAUUUGGAAAUCCUUUAUAUAAAGCUGAGACUGGUCCCCUUCUUUUUCAGUUCUUCCACAGUGCUAUAAAUUGUUUAAAGAGGCCAUUCCAGCAGAAAUCAGCAUAUAACAAUUGAUUACUCCUCUCUCUUUUUUUUUUCUCUCAACAUUAUUGAUGACCUUGUCUCUUUUGAUUCUUGUCAGGAAUGGUAUUUUAGAGUGCAUCCAGUAUAUCAUUGAGCAUUGUAACCUCAAGGAAAAUACUUUAUUUUUGGUUCUGAUAUGUAGUAUGGUAUUAUUCCUUAAGGCAGAACUUUAAAGAACUUUCAUACAAAGGUCUACAACAAUUGUAUUUUUUAUAAUAUUUUCCCUUGCAUUGUCAUUUUAAGUAUUUAUCAUUUUAUAGUACAUGUGUAAAGUUGAGAUAGAUUUUAAACAUCUGAGCCUUGUAUAAAGUAAUGGUUCAUUUACCUGGGUUGUAUUAUGACUGAAUAUUGACAAUAAAUCUAUUUUAUACUGAC